UAGAAUAAUGGGUCUGCUGGGGUCGGGGGCCAGGGUCACGCUGGGAAAUCGGGCAGAAGCCUGCCCGCAGGAGGCUUCCCGUCUAGUGAACUGGCACAGUUUAGAGGACCUUUAUAUGUUGGUUGUCAUGGAAGAGGACAGUUAAAUGAAGCCUUCAUGGGAGAGGCCAGGAUCACGGGCAGAGGGGGAUCACACACGUAGAUGUGACCCUUCACUGAAGGCAGGAUGGUGCUGGACUCGGGGACUCAGGCCUAUGAGCAGGCACCCCCUUCCCUGUCUGUCAGCCCUGCCACCGUUUCUGGAGUGGGGAAGAUCUCCAAACAGAAUGGGCCACGACUGUACUCCUCUACCCGGCCACCCCUGUCAGCCCCCAGCUCCCGGAAGUCGUCCCUAGUCGUCCCAGUAAACUCCAGACCCUCUGUGUCCCAACCAUCUGGCCUGGCCUCUUCCCGCCCCAAGGUCACAAGUUCGAAGUCUGAAAUAAGACGAUUCUCCUCAACCUCACUGAGUCAUGGUCGGAUUCGGCGUAGUGAGAGCACCUGCUCAGUUGGAGGGUACAGCAGCAAGGGAUACCUCCGGGCUGCCUCUUCCCUACCCCAUAUUGCUAAAAGCAAGGCAGAGGAAGCUCGAGCAAUUAGCAAGAGCCCCUGCCUGCUGGUGGCCUUAAGACCCAACAACUUGGAGCAAGAGCGAGACCGGUUCUUUCAGUCAAGGUACACCUAUAACCCGCAGUUUGAAUAUGAGGAGCCGAUUCCUGCUGCCGUGUUGGAAAAGUACAAUGAGGCCUCGGACAAGUUCAUCCCCCAGGCGGUGAGGAUCAUUGAAGCUGUCCUGGAGAAGUAUGGCACCUAUGAGCAAUUCGAGGCAAGCACAGGAGGCCAGCUGCUGACCAAGUGCCAGAUCUGGUCCAUUGUCCGGAAAUACAUGCAGAAGGAGGGUUGUUCUGGAGAGGUGGUGGUGCAGCUGAGUGAGGACCUGCUGUCCCAAGCAGUGAUGAUGGUGGAGAACAGCCGCCCUACGCUGGCUAUCAAUCUGACUGGGGCCCGCCAGUAUUGGCUGGAGGGGAUGUUGCGACAUGAGAUAGGCACCCAUUACCUUCGAUUUAUCAAUAACACUCAGCAGCCCUGGAGCACCUCUGAUGGCCGGCGGCAGUAUGGGCUGCGGCCUGCCAACCCCACGGAGGAGGGGCUGGCCAGCCUGCACAGCGUGCUUUUCCGAAAACAGCCCUUCCUAUGGCGGGCAGCCCUGCUGUACUAUACUAUCCAGCGUGCGGCUCUGAUGUCCUUUCGCCAACUCUUCCAAGACCUCGCUCAGUAUGUGCAGGACACAUCGGUGCGCUGGGAGUACUGCGUGAGGGCCAAACGUGGCCAGACAGAUACUUCCAAGCCUGGCUGUUUCAGUAAGGACCAGGUGUACUUGGAUGGCAUCCUCCACAUCCUCCGGCACCGACAGUCUAUUGAUUUCCAUAUGCUGACCGCUUUGGGCAAGGUGAGGCUGGCUCCAUGGGAGGGGGCUCCAUCUUCUCCCCUCAGGGCAGCCCAGGGGCCUUUCAGUGUCCAGCUCCUUUCCUGGCAUCCCUGGGUCAGGACUCAGACCAGUCCUAGCAUCAGUCGAGUGGGCCUGGUGAGUAUGUCUGAAGCUUGUCUGUGUGUCACUGGCCUUCAAACCAGAGAGAGCUGCUAGAUCAUAGUGCAGAGAACCAGAGGAUGAGGGUCCACAUGCUAGAUGAGCCAUGGUCUAGCCAGACAACAGGAGGCAAGUCUCUUGGCUCUUCCCUCCUGGGUGACCAAGGUCCCUAUGAUCCUCUCCUCCCUCCCCAUCCAGGUCUCUUAUGAGGACGUGAAUCAGCUUCAGGCCCAUGGAAAGCUGGAAAAGACACGAAUCCCUCACUUCAUGCAGGACUUGACACGUUACCACCAGCAGCUGGAACACAUUAUCACCACCAACCGCUUGGAUGAUGUCCAGCUGGACAACCUGCUGCCAGAUUGAAGAGCUGAGAGUGGGGGUCAUGGGGUGGUGGGGUGACUGGUCAGCUGGCUGGCCAGGGAUCAGAGGAAAGGACGACCAGUAAUGGACAGCUGCAUGGCAAACACUUCCAUGCCCUAGCUAUUGGACAGCCUGGGGUAAUGGCUGCAUAAUAUAUGCUAGAGGCCCCUCUGGUAGGGAGCUAUAGAGUGUCUUCCAGCCUAGGACAGGAGGGGAAUUCCUUCUAAAAGGUCAGAAAAAUAUAAACUGAGGCUGCCCUGUCGAAUAGAAUGAAGACAUUCCAGCAGGGAUGAAAAUUUGGCCUGGCUUAGUGGGAAAGGGAGAUGGAGCUAGCUCUGAAAGAGGGUGUGCCUAUGGGGAAGGAGAAUGGGGUGUGUGUGUGUGUGAGGGGUGGGAGGGAGGGGGUGACUCUUUGUGCAUGAGACAAGUUCAAUAGAAUUCUGGGAUCUCAGUUAACCCUUCACCUUCAAUCCUGUACUCCUCCCCCUCUGCUGGCAGUGGCUGACACCCUCCCUCAAACAGCAAUUCUAGCCUUUUGGUGCUCUUAGCCCCCUUGAUGUCUACCUCUUGCUGGGCUUUCGUAUGUUUCCCUUACCUAGCCAAGGCCCCAGUAUUGCUGCUCACCUUGUGGAUGUACCCUCCUCCCUCUUACACUCUCCUAUCUGCCCUUCCACACUUUGCUGUCGGACUCCAGGUCCCCUCUUUCUCCCAUGCCCAGCAUUUGUACAUCCCCAACCUCCUGCCCAUAUACUCAAUGAAAUAAUUGAAAGGGCAAGAGAGGAUGGCGUCGAUAGGGAUGGGAUGCUGCCCCACUGAUCCAUGGACCCCAGCAAAUCGAGCAUUGACUAAAUAUCCUCCAUGUACAAGGUCCUAUGGCCAUCCCUGAGGGUAGAUAGAUGAGAAAGAAGGGUCCCUGGCCUCAGCCUAAUACCGGAGCUGUGACGUGCAGACACAUCUGACUGGGUGAGACGUGAGGGGGCACAGGGUGGCCCUGAAGACGCGGUGAAGGCCAGUGGUGGCAAUGGUUUCAGGCAUUCCUACCUCUCCGGGUCCCAUAACCUGGCUGGGCGAGGUGUGCGGGGAAUGAGGCUGUGUGAUCUUUGCUCCUCUUCCCCGCUGGCCUUUUUCCUGCUGCCACCUCAGGCUUAAGGGGGAAUUGCUGGGUUCUCCUAGCAGGGUUGUGUCGUUCCCAUUCUCCCUACACAUACUUAGUUUUAGGGAAAAGUUUAUGUGAGUCCCAAGAGCCUAUCUUGGGGGGGGGGGGAUUGUAGGUCACUGUCCUGAGCGUUAUGGAGAGACUGACCUGUGUGCUUGAGCCCUGGCUUGGUGAAAAGAUGACUCCUAGCCUCAGAGCUCCCUAUUUUUAGAGGCAACCCAGCCUCAUCUCUCCAUUCCUGAAUUUAUGCACCGGCCUGGGUUUUAGCAGUGCUUACAGGUCUCUGGUGGUACAUUUGUGAACUAGACAAAGUUGGUGAGUGGAUAACACUAUAAGUGGGUUACUUUUGAACCUUUUGGAUACUGAACCCACAAGGGAAUUGAUGGAUCUGUGGCAGCUUGGAGAGGCGUAUGUAUGGGCCAAAGCAGGUCUUGGUCAUCAGCCCCAUUUUGGUACUUUUUAAUCAGUUAUCUGAAUGAAGGCAGUCAAUUGUGGAUAAUGUAAAGUAGGGAGGGAUAAUUAAUAUAAUGGGUGAUAGAAUCAGGAUAGCAAAAGGCUCAGGCAGGCUGAAACUAAUGAUGGAAUUGUACAUGGAUUCAUUUGUGCAAAAUCCUGUGCUGGAAGCUGGGGCUAUUAAGAUGAAAAACUGCCAAUGAGGUGCUCGCAGUCUGAUGGUGGCAGGGGAUGAAGGGGAAGUCUGCGUCUGAUCUAUUUAUUUAUUUUGCACAUUUUACCUCACAGGGUGCUUGUGAGGAAGCACUAGGUCUUCACUUGUUACGGAGAUGGGGACAUUUAACUUACUCAACAAAUGCAUUGAGGAUGUUACUGACCACCUCUGUGAUGCUGUCCAAUCUCUUCUGAGACUUAGUUCCCUCUUCUGUAAACUGAAAGGAUAAUGUUUUAGGUCCGUGACUUUUAGAAUAUGCCCAGACUUUGGGCACCCUGUUCAGAUACAGGGGCCGAUGGUGGCUUUGGGGUGGCAGCAACCAGUCCCCAUUUUGAUGUAAUCAGCCCAGAGUAUUAACCCACACGAAUAUAGUAUUUACAGUGCUUUCUUCCAGGAAGAUAAGGAAUAAGAAUAGCACCCCCAUUUUAGAGAUGAAUGGGAAUGGAAGCAGUAUAUCAGUUUUGUUUUACAGAUUUGUAUCCAGGUCCAAAUAGGGAAAGUGACCUCCAAGUCUAUUCACUGUGUCAGAGGCAGGACUAGAAUUCCUUCCACCCUCUACAGACACAGCCAUCACCAAAGCAAGCAUUGCAUGUUGCCUUUUUUUCAUAACAUUUUCUAGCUCAGAAGUGUCUGUGGUAUUUGUGUUGAUCUGAUUUCCUUUGGAUAUAUGUUAGAAGAUGGGCAGGAGACCAUUGAGACAAUGUAUAGGCCUCGAGCCCCAUUUCCAUUGCCCUCCUUUAUGUACCUCACCAAAAAUUGCCUUUUUUUUUAACCAUUUCCCCUCCCCAUCACAGGAACCUGAAAUAGUGAUCAGACUAUCCAGGAGCUCUGGUCACUACUGAUAUUUUAAUCCCCUCUGGAAGAAGCCUGACCUGUGGCUGUGGGUACAGGUCAGACUUCAGGAAUUGCUUGGUUCGGGGGCUUGGAGAUGGGAGGCUCUCCUGUAGUCCCUUGGUGAAUGUAGGCGCUUCUCAGCAUCUGUUUACUCAUCUGUAGAACAAGGGCUUUGGACAAGGCCCCUUCUGCCUCUGAAAUCCAAUGAUCCUCCUCUUCCAAAGGCAGGUGGAGAGUGUGGAUCAGAGCCAAGUGGGUUGUUUCCCUGGAGGCUCAUCUUGAUGUCCCCCAUAGACACUUCCCUCUACCCUGGGCCCAGACAGCUACCCUAACAGAGCCUGUAUGCCUGGAGACUCCUAUUAUUUACUACUGUUCUAGAAGAGGAGUGGAGGCUCAGGUGCUGCCAUGAGAUUCACUUUAACUGAACAUAUAUUGUGCCCCUACUGCACAGGUCAGGGUUGGAGGGACUACUUGAACUCUGUGUAUGUUGUCUGUAAUUGAAAAUGAUUUUUCUCUCCACUUCCUUAUUUCUCUUCCCAGAGAAAGGAGGGGCUAAAGGAGCUUUGGAAUAAAAUUAUUUUUUAUCCUA